AUGAAGUCUAUUAUAUUUUUGUGUGCCAUUUUUCUGACUUUGGUAUCUGUUCUCUCAGAAGUGCAGACAAAUUACCAUGAUGCCAUCGGUAUUCCUACUGCAAACCGUAUAAAGGCACUGGAAGAAGAAAUUCAAGCUAAUAGAAAUAUUACUAUCGAGAACAGAAUCAUCGGUGGCGAGGUGGCACCCUUGAACGAGUAUCCAUUUUUCGCUGGAUUAAUUAUCAGUUUAGUUGGUACACCAGACCCGGGAGUAUGCGGUGCUUCUCUGUUGUCUCCUAAUCGAUUGGUUACUGCUGCUCAUUGCAAUUUUGAUGGCAUCCGACUGGCGCAUGAGUUUACUGUGGUUUUGGGGUCUAACAUGCUGUUUUAUGGCGGUGAACGUAUUGUUUCUAGAAAAGUAAUUAUGCAUCCUAAUUAUAGGCAUCAGUUUUCUAUAAAUGACAUUGCUAUGAUAUAUUUGCCCCGGAACGCUAUGAUUACAAAUAUUGUGAAACCGAUCAGAUUACCAAAUUAUUUAGAGUCAUGGAAGCAAUUUUUGGGAUUUCAAGCCAGAUCUGUUGGAUUUGGAGUUACUACAGAUGGACACACACUUGUCAACCCUGACAGUUUGUUGAAGCACAUCACUCUACAGGUGGUCGACAACUCUCAAUGUCAACUUAAAAAUGAUUUAAACAGACCGAACUAUGAUAUUCUCUGCACGAGUGGAUAUGGAGGCGUUGGUCUUUGUCAUGGAGACUCAGGUGGCCCUCUGUACACCAUUGACGAGACAUCCACUGACAAAAGUAUAUUCUUGACGUAUAACCUGAUGGUAAGCAUCAGCGACGCUCUUGGGCGCCCGUCCCACCAGGGAACUACAACUGCGAUGCUGGCCUUUUGCAAGUUUGGGAUUGGACAGAAUUGGAAAUCUGGUAACACAUCAACAACUUCACAGAAACUUACUUCAGCUUCAGGGUGCUAUAAAACAUUGAAGAAAACAUGGGACCCCGCCGUAUCAUGA